AGAGAGAGAGAGAAUAUAUUAUACACUGUCCGCAGCAGUGGCGCUGUCUUCUGUCUUAUAUUAGAGAGAAAUUAUAUUACAGAGCAAUCAAGCAAAAUGGGAAAUACGGAUUCAAAGCUGAAAUUUCGCAAAGCGGUAAUCCAGCUGACCACGAAAACGCAGCCAGUGGAAGCCACAGAUGAUGCUUUCUGGGACCAGUUUUGGGCCGACACUGCCACCUCAGUCCAGGAUGUAUUCGCCCUUGUGCCAGCUGCAGAGAUCCGAGCACUGAGGGAGGAAUCGCCUUCCAAUCUGGCAACCCUGUGUUAUAAGGCAGUGGAGAAGCUGGUGCAGGCAGCAGAAUCAGGAUGCCCCAGCGAGAGAGAGAAGCAGAUUGUCCUGAACUGCACACGUAUUCUUAGCCGCAUCCUGCCCUAUAUCUUUGAAGACCAGGAUUGGAGGGGCUUCUUUUGGUCCACCGUCCCUGGGGCCGGACGAGCUGGACAGAUGGAUGAGAUGGACGACGAUGAUGAUGGAGCACGGCCGCUGGCAGAGUCUCUGCUUCUGGCCAUCUCUGACCUGCUCUUCUGUCCCGAGUUCACCGUGCAGAGCCAUAAGAGAGGAGGACCUGAUUCACUGGAGGACAUGCAGUCGCUGGACAGCUGCGAGUACAUCUGGGAGGCAGGGGUGGGCUUUGCACAGUCGCCACCACUCAACUACCUCCAUGAUCUUAACAGGACUGAGCUGUUGAGGCUGUUGCUGACCUGUUUCUCUGAGGCCAUGUACUUACCACCAUCUUCAGAUGGCAACAUCAUCAAUCCCUGGGUCACUUUCUUUUGCUCCACUGAGAACAGGCACGCCCUGCCUCUGUUUACCUCCCUGAUCAACGUGGUGUGUGCGUAUGACCCGGUGGGCUACGGCAUUCCCUACAACCACCUGCUGUUCUCAGACUACCGGGAGCAGCUGGUGGAGCAGGCAGUGCAGAUCCUCAUCGUCACUCUGGAACAUGAGAAUGCUCAGCCUCCGCGCGCUCCCUCCCCCUCCAGUAUGGACGAGCAGGAUUCUGCAGGCCCACAGAACCUGUUUGUGAACUACCUGUCCAGAAUUCACAGGGAGGAGGAUUAUGACUUUGUGCUGAAAGGUCUGGCUCGCCUGCUCACUAACCCGCUCACUCAGACCUACCUGCCCAACUCCACCAAGAAGAUCCAGUUCCACCAAGAGCUCCUGGUCCUCUUCUGGAAAUUUUGUGAUUUCAACAAGAAAUUCUUGUUCUUUGUUCUGAAGAGCAGUGAUGUGCUGGAUAUCCUGGUGCCUAUUCUCUACUACCUGAAUGAUGCCAGGGCUGACCAGUCCCGUGUUGGUCUCAUGCACAUUGGGGUGUUCAUUUUGCUGCUGCUGAGUGGGGAGAGGAAUUUCGGAGUGCGUCUGAACAAACCGUACUCCCUUCGUGUCCCGAUGGAUAUUCCAGUGUUCACCGGCACACAUGCCGACCUCCUCAUUGUAGUUUUCCACAAGAUCAUCACAAGUGGCCAUCAGCGUCUGCAGCCACUCUUCGACUGCCUGCUCACCAUUGUAGUGAACGUGUCUCCAUACCUGAAGAGUCUGUCCAUGGUGGCAGCCAAUAAGCUGCUGCAUCUUCUGGAAGCCUUCUCCACCAACUGGUUCCUGUUCUCUGCUGCUCAGAACCACCACUUGGUCUUCUUUUUGCUGGAAGCCUUUAAUAAUAUUAUCCAGUACCAGUUUGAUGGUAACUGCAACUUGGUAUACGCCAUCAUUCGCAAGCGCAACGUCUUUCACCAGCUUGCCAACCUGCCCACUGACUCUGCAUCCAUCCAGAAGGCACUGCAAAAGAAGAGGAAAUCUCCCGAUGCCAUCUCUCGUACCAACUCUCAGGAUACCAUUUCCAUGGAGGGCUCUCGGCCAGCCGUACCUGCCGAGCCAGGCACGCUGAAGGCCAGCCUUGUGGCCAUGCCAGGUAUUGAUAAACUAACAGAGAAGUCCCAAGUAUCGGAGGAUGGUACCAUGGUCACAGUGCCAAAGACAGAGACUCCUCACUCACCAGAACAUGGCGUCUUAAGUGGGGCUAGUGACACAGAGUCCAACUCUGGAAGAGACAACGAGGAUGUCUUCUACACAGAGGCAGAAAUGGCAAGGAGACGUCUGUCAAGUGCAUCAACGGCCCCUACAUACUGGGUCCCAACACCAGAGUGGGUCGUUUCCUGGAAGAGCAAGCUCCCUCUACAGACCAUCAUGCGCCUGCUGCAGGUCCUGGUGCCCCAAGUGGAGAAGAUCUGCAUCGACAAGGGCUUGACAGACGAAUCAGAGAUUCUGAAAUUCCUCCAGCACGGUACCCUGGUGGGGCUUUUGCCUGUACCUCACCCUAUUCUGAUCAGAAAAUACCAGGCCAACGCAGGCACUGCCACGUGGUUCCGCACGUACAUGUGGGGCGUCGUCUAUCUCCGCAACGUGGACCCACCAAUCUGGUAUGACACAGAUGUUCGUCUCUUUGAGAUCCAGAGAAUGUAGAAGGGUAGCUCUACGUCACAGGGCUGCGCGUCACUGAGUGAAUAAAGAGGCCUGGUUGAUUAUUUCCAUCUUCACUCCAGUCACCCUAACACCAUUUAAAGCUUAGUCCUCAAUUUCAGCGCAGUGCUGAAUCGCUAAUUGUUAAUCUCACAGAUUGACUCCAGUAAUAUGGAAAAAGACGUUCUGUCUCAACCCUGAAGGGUUCAGUGACCUCAGAAAAUCUAAUAGUGUUCAUGGCUCACCGAGUUGGCAUGUGUGGACGCUUGGAAGGGCUGGUGUACAAAUGAUAACGUUUCUACAUAUAGCUCUGCCUUUUGAUAAGACCGUACAAUGUCCAGCAGCUUAAACCAUUGAGAAUCUCUCACUGUGGAUGAAUGAAUGAUUUUCCUACCGUAUGAACUGCCACUGUAUAUAAAAACAUAUACAUUAUAUAUAUAUUUGAUGGAAGCAUAUUUAAAAGUCUCAUGAAUUUGGUUGCAUGUAGUCCAGUAGUGAGUGACGUUUGUAAGCUAGCGUGACCUUCAGCAUUGGCUGUGACUGUGUUGCCAUGAAGAUGCCACUAGAGGGCAGCAUAACUACAGCUAUCUCUGUUCAACAGGUAAUUGUUUGUUCUGUAGGUUGUGUUGUUUAACCCUACUUAUGACUUGUGGUUAACAGAGGAAUGUCUGCAUUCCUCUCGCUCUCCUUUUCAGGUUAACAUUUCUUGAAACACGAUCAGACUGGCAAAUAUUUCAGCCAGUACCGGUUCAUAUGUUUCACCAGUAUUCAGGUGGAAACAAAUUAUCUGCUAUGUGCUGUUGAAAAUCAUUUCUGGUGACCUGAUAUUACUAUUUUUGUCUGCGUAACAGAUUUGUCAAUGAAAUGAUCUAAUGUAUAUACUGUGCUCAAUGUUUAAAGUAAAAAAUUUUGUCGCAAUAUUAAAAACGAAUAAUCUAUG